AUGUUUGCCGGUAUAUCAGUCUUUGCUGAUGCCCAACGGCUUUAUGACGAAGCAUCUAUUUCUGAUCCCCCUCCAGCAACUCCCAUUGCCUUUCCCCGCUACCAACCCAUUGCCCACGAGGAUGCCUCUGUUGAACUCUCAGACUCUCUCGCAAGCCUCCUCUCUAGCACCGGCAGACGGCCUCCGAGACUGGUCCCCUCGGCCCUCUCCGCUAUUGGACUAGAUCUCAGCGCCGACGCCAACCUGCAACAGCUUAUUCCUGACCCGUCUUUGAUACCCGACUUUGCCACUUGGGAUCGCAUGACAUUGGAGCAGUCUCAGGAUGCCGAUGAAUCCACUCGUCGACCUUUGUCCGCUGCCAACCAUAGACUCUCACCUGGCUGCCAUGUUUACCUGGAACGAAAGACGGAGCUUUCCAACACCAAUUCCGACGCCUUUCGCACCGUCAGGCGCGUACAGCCACCAAUGGGCAAGCAGCCAGCUCGUCUUGGUAGCGCUUAUGAGUUCUUUCGUCAGCUUGAACAGAUAACCACAUAUUGGGAUGACCCAACCAAAGUCCCCAGUCUUCCACCGUCUCCAGAGAUUGCUGCCAAAGAUGUUGCCAAAGAUGAUGUUGCCAACGACGUUGCUAACGAUGUUGCCAACGAUGUUGCCGUCGCGCCCUCGGAGACGCCCUCCAACACGGCACCUCCUCAAGCCCCGAAUGCCCCUCGCCGCACCCUCGCCGGCCACCAAAUGCCCGCCUCUCUGCGCCAUAGCCUUGUAGCUACCUUUGUCAAGAUGAUAGCCUAUGAAUUUGGAUGCACAGCCAGCCCUUCUAGAACUGAGCCUCGCUUGCAUCUUCAAUCGCCCCGUGACAGCGCCGCCUCGCCGCGCAAAUCCUACUUCCCAUCCCGCUGCCAGUUCAUUUUCCAGAACCCUCAGUCGCGAGAAGCAUCCCGUGCUGGCCUCUCCUACGGCCCCGUCGCCGCCAUCAGUUGCCGUCCCGACACUAGUUUCACAAGGCCUGAUCCCGAGUCUGCUCAGUCCUUGGACCUGGCAAAGGAAAUCAUUGCUGCUCUCAUCACCGCUCAACACCGCGCCCGUCAAGGCAAAGAUGAGAUUCGCUUCGGCUUCGGCCAGUGGUGGGUAACUGAACCGCGCUGGGGUGGUGCCCACGGCGGUCCCAUUGGCCGGGAGAUACAAAACGACGGUAUAUCAGGCGACAAGGACUUGCCGCCAGACGCAAAGGAUGAAGCCACCGAUCUCACGCCCCCAACCAAGAAAUCUCGGAAAACUGGGUAUAUGUAUGAUAACUACCGCAUGAUCCGGCCCCCGGCUGCCACCUGGGACCGCAAGGUCAAGUACAUGCCCAUAGGCAAACAGGCAGGCACAAACUACGAGGACAUAUUCAUCGUCAGCAGCCUCUUUCAUCACCUAUCUGUCCUCCGCGUCCGCGUGCCCCUUCGUCUUCUUGAAGUUCUCGACGGCGCACCUGACCCAGACCCGACGCGCCGCAGCUGGGGCACCGUGCGGGCCUGGCGCACGCCCUGGUACGACUUGUUUGAUACCAGGGACAGAAUCAAGGCGAUGCAAAUCAUCUGGAGCGUCAUGGCGUAUCAGAUGCGCGCAGACACUGGGGACGCACAGGCAAGAGACUCAAGUACUUGA